CCAAAUUCUUAGUAUUGUGUGUUGGGGUUAAAACCUGUAUUUGUUGAAACCCUGAUUGUCGUUGUUGUUGUUGUUGUUGUUUUUUUUUUUUUUUUUCGUUUCUUUCAUGGUUUUGUGAUCUUGAGAGGCCCAAUCUAAAAAAAAAUGACGGUUGGAGCAGGAAUAUCUGUGGCUGAUGGGAACUUGAAUGUGUUGGGAAACUGCAUUUUAAGUGACGUUCACGACAAUAUAUUUGUGACUCCGGCCACCGGAGAUGGCUUAACCAAUGGUGCCUUCGUCGGAGUCAGGUCUGAUCAGAUCGGUAGCCGACGGGUCUUCCCAAUCGGAAAACUCCAGGGAUUGAGGUUUAUGUGUGUAUUUCGGUUCAAACUGUGGUGGAUGACACAGAGAAUGGGCACAUGUGGCCAAGAUAUACCAUUUGAGACCCAAUUUUUGAUAGUGGAGGGACAAGAUGGUGCACAUUUUGGGGAAGAAAGUGAAGAUGGGGUUGAGAAAUCUGCACUGUAUACAGUUUUCUUGCCGAUUCUGGAGGGGGAUUUCAGGGCUGUUCUUCAAGGGAAUGCAAAUAACGAUUUAGAGAUCUGUUUGGAAAGUGGGGAUCCUGCUGUGGAAGGGUUUGAAGGAAGUCAUUUGGUUUUUAUGGCUGCUGGAUCAGAUCCAUUUGAUGUUAUUACAAAUGCUGUGAAGACUGUUGAGAGGCAUUUACAGACAUUUUCUCAUCGUGAGAAAAAGAAGAUGCCUGACAUGCUGAACUGGUUUGGCUGGUGCACGUGGGAUGCUUUCUAUACAGAUGUUACGGCGGAGGGAGUGAAGCAAGGAUUGGAGAGUUUCGAGAAAGGUGGAAUUCCCCCGAAAUUCGUUAUCAUCGACGAUGGUUGGCAAUCAGUUGGCAUGGAUCCAGUUAGUGUUGAAGCUAAAGCUGAUAACACAGCCAAUUUUGCAAACAGAUUAACUCAUAUCAAAGAAAACCACAAAUUUCAAAAAGAUGGCAAAGAGGGUCACAGGGUAGAGGAUCCGGCAAUGGGGUUGCACCACAUUGUUACUGACAUUAAAGAACAACACAAAUUGAAGUAUGUCUAUGUUUGGCAUGCCUUAACUGGAUAUUGGGGUGGUGUUAGACCUGGAGUUACCGAAAUGGAACACUAUGAAUCCAAGUUAGCCUACCCUGUUUCAUCUCCCGGGGUUGAGUCGAAUGAACAUUGUGAUGCUCUGAAGAGCAUUACCACGACUGGGCUUGGCCUUGUGAACCCUGAAAAAGUGUUUAACUUCUAUAAUGAACUUCACUCAUAUCUUGCCUCGGCUAUGAUUGACGGGGUCAAAGUAGAUGUUCAGAACAUUCUUGAGACACUCGGGGCUGGCCAUGGUGGAAGAGUGAAACUUGCUAGGAAAUACCAUCAGGCAUUAGAGGCAUCUAUUUUGCGUAACUUUCCUGACAAUGGAAUUAUUUAUUGUAUGAGUCACAAUACAGAUGGUUUGUACAGUGCUAAGAGAUCAGCUGUUAUAAGAGCAUCGGAUGAUUUCUGGCCCAGAGAUCCAGCAUCACACACAAUUCAUAUUGCAUCAGUUGCCUACAAUACCAUUUUCCUUGGGGAGUUCAUGCAGCCAGAUUGGGAUAUGUUUCAUAGCUUACACCCAAUGGCUGAAUACCAUGGAGCUGCUCGUGCUGUGGGAGGCUGUGCUGUAUAUGUCAGUGACAAGCCUGGGCAGCAUGACUUCAACUUAUUGAAGAAGCUAGUACUUCCUGAUGGCUCCAUAUUGAGGGCCAAACUUCCUGGCAGACCAACAAGAGAUUGUUUGUUUUCUGAUCCUGCCAGAGAUGGAAAAAGUCUUCUAAAGAUUUGGAAUCUGAACGAUUUUAAUGGAGUUGUGGGAGUUUUCAACUGCCAAGGAGCCGGGUGGUGCAAGGUUGGAAAGACGAACGUCAUCCAUGACAACCAACCUGGCACAAUCACAGGAGUUAUCCGUGCUAAAGAUGUUGAUUAUUUGCCUAAAGUUGCUAAUGAUGGAUGGACUGGGGAUGCCAUCUUAUAUGCCCAUCUUGGAGGAGAGUUUGUUUAUCUUCCAAAUAAUACUUCUCUGCCAGUUACACUGAAAACGCGAGAAUAUGAAGUUUUUACGGUGGUUCCUGUCAAGGAACUGUCAAAUGGGGCUACUUUUGCUCCCAUAGGUCUUACCAAGAUGUUCAAUUCAGGAGCAGCCAUUAAGGAAUUGAAAUAUGAAUCCAAGAGAAGUUCAUCUGUCGACAUGAAAGUUCGCGGGUGUGGUGUAUUUGGGGCCUAUUCAUCAGUUCGACCAAAGAGGAUAACAGUUGACACCGAGGAAGUAGAGUUCAAAUACGAAGAAGGGUCUGGAUUAUUGACCCUUGUGUUGAGAAUUCCAGAGGAAGAACUGUACCUUUGGGACAUGACCGUUGAACUGAAAUGAAUUUCAACCUUCUUCCAGUAGCAUGAGGGAUUCAAUUUUUUACGCAUACCUCGUGAAGACGUGAAAGAGAACUUCUCUGGAAAUGAUAGUUUUAAAUUGUUCUCGUUUCUGUUUUGCAAGUUAUUAUUUCUUGGACAAUAAGCGUGGGCGUCAUUGUAGGUGUUGUAUCAUUUUAGUUUUAUGGAAUUUAGAUAGGGAAUUCUCAGUUGCCUGCAAUGAUGCCUCCAUGGAAAUUUGUAGCAGUUGGUUCAGGAUGUAUCAUUUGAAGUUAUAUCACUAAAUUCGGGUGAAGUGCAAAAAAAUCUUCUUUGUAUUUAGAAAAA